CUGAUGAAAUAUCCGCUAAUGUUGUAUAACAAGUUUCAUAAUCUAUAUUGAGUCUCCUGGAGCGCUAAGGCAUCAGGGAUUCAUCAACUCUGCCUCCACUGGGUGUGCUAAAAGUGGGCAAAGGUCCAUGAAAACGUCUCAAUAACACAUCUUUCAAACAGAGCACCUCUCCUGGCACAGACAAAUCUCCCUUACCUAUCAGGGUUUUCCCCAGUAUAUUAUAAGCCUGGUUUACUUACCUCCUGCCUCAGGCUAAGCUUGUUUAUAUAUAUAUAAAAUAGUUUAAAAUAGUUUUUUUUUUAAACACACCAGUAACCCCUUACUGCAUGCGUCUCUGCCGUUCUGAGGAUUUCACCGGCGGAGCAAAAUUGUUCCCUAAAGAUGGGUUUAUAGAUGAUUGAAGAGGGCAAUAAACAGAUGGAAUGGAAUGUUCUAUUUAUUUAAUCUUAUCAGUUCCAUAAUUUAAACAGAAUUUCUAGACCUUUUGAAUAUAAAAAUUGGAUUCUGACUUGAAAGGUAAUUGUAAUCGAAUCAUUGCUAGACACUGAAAGAUUAGCAUCUCUUGUGUCCACUCAUCCUUACAAAGUCUUAAACUCAUGUAUCUAAAAUUAAAGACCUAAAUUGUCUGAAAUUCAUUAAAAAAAUUUAGUUUGGUUUAGAAACAUGAACCACAUGUCUUAAAUUUUGCCACAGAAGGACUAUUUAAUCCCAUAUUCUAUGUAGUUUUUUUUCUCCCAGGAUAUUUCUGUCAGCCAAAACUUUGAGUUGUGACGUCAUCAUAAUAUUCUGUGACUUGAGACGGUUACAACUACCGGCUAACUAGCUGUUUACCCUUGCUGGCUAGCUUUUUUUUUCACACAAACUCUGAAAUCAUAGAUUUAGUGAAUUUAACAUGGUGCUCAAACACCAGUCUUACCAGUUGAUACUAUGGAGGGAAAUACCGCUGAGAAUGUGGGAUUAUCAGACUAAAAAGAUUUUUUUUAACUUGACAUUAUAUGUCUAGAACAUACAGAGAUUGGCGUGGUACCCUCAGUCAUAAAUGGUGUUAAUCAGUCAUUAGGGUGCAGCAAAUGGGUGUGAGUGUAGUGGUCAUUUGAGUUAGUGAAACCUGCAGAAAGCCAAGUGUGUUGCCGUCCUUCUGUGUUCUCUGUGUGGGUGUGUGUGUGUGUGUGUGCCCAGGGAAGCCAUGCUGGUGACAGGAAGUACAUUCUGGUGGGACCAAGGCACUUCUCCUUCCUCUGCCUUCCCUUACUUAAUUCAUGUUCUGAGCCCAUGGUCCAAGUCCUGACUGACUGAUCAUAGUGGUGGUGCAUACAGACUUACUGCUGGGAAACUGAAGGACUACUAGUCUGAUGGGACAACUCGUCCCCGCUGUCCAACCAUGACAUUUGCGGCACUCUGAGACCAUGAGUGUUAAAAAACACUGAUAUCUUUGCCUUGCGCCUCUUCUGAUCUCCUUGUAAAGAGGGACCUACCUACAAUAUUCUUGCUAGAAGUGUGUGUGCUGACCUCAUGGUGUAACUGGAUUAAAAAUGAGCAUUAGCAGCGAUGAGGUCAACUUCCUGGUCUACAGAUACCUACAGGAAUCAGGGUUCUCCCACUCUGCAUUUACAUUCGGCAUAGAGAGCCACAUCAGCCAGUCCAACAUCAACGGAGCUCUGGUGCCCCCUGCUGCCCUCAUCAGCAUCAUCCAGAAGGGCCUGCAGUAUGUGGAGGCUGAAGUCAGCAUCAACGAGGACGGCACGUUAUUUGACGGUCGACCCAUCGAGUCUCUGUCGCUCAUCGACGCAGUGAUGCCAGACGUGGUCCAGACGAGGCAGCAGGCGUACCGGGACAAAAUGGCCCAACAGCAGGCUGCAGCCUCGGCGCCGGCGUCGGCCGCAGGGGGCAGCAUAGCCGGCAACACCAAGAACGGAGAGAACACUGCCAAUGGCGAGGAGAACGGAGCCCACGCCUUAGCUAACAACCACUCGGAUCUGAUGGAGGUGGAUGGAGACGUGGAGAUCCCUCAGAACAAGGCCAUGGUCCUAAGGGGCCACGAGUCAGAGGUCUUUAUCUGUGCCUGGAAUCCAGUGAGCGACCUGCUGGCGUCUGGAUCUGGGGAUUCGACGGCUCGUAUCUGGAACCUGAGUGAAAACAGCACCAGCAGCUCCACACAGCUGGUCCUGAGGCACUGCAUCAGAGAAGGAGGACAGGAUGUCCCCAGCAACAAAGACGUCACCUCGCUGGACUGGAACAGCGAGGGCACCCUGCUGGCCACAGGCUCAUAUGACGGCUUUGCCAGAAUAUGGACAAAAGACGGUAAUCUAGCCAGCACCCUGGGGCAACACAAAGGCCCUAUUUUUGCCCUGAAGUGGAAUAAGAAAGGCAACUUUAUCCUGAGUGCAGGAGUAGACAAGACUACGAUCAUAUGGGACGCUCACACAGGAGAGGCCAAGCAGCAGUUCCCCUUCCAUUCAGCUCCAGCUCUGGAUGUGGACUGGCAGAGCAACAACACGUUUGCUUCCUGUAGUACGGACAUGUGCAUCCACGUCUGUAAACUGGGACAAGACCGGCCUAUUAAGACAUUCCAGGGACACUCAAAUGAAGUUAAUGCAAUCAAGUGGGACCCUACGGGGAACCUGUUAGCAUCCUGCUCAGAUGAUAUGACGUUGAAGAUCUGGAGUAUGAAGCAGGACUCAUGUAUCCACGACCUGCAGGCCCACAGCAAAGAAAUCUACACCAUUAAAUGGAGUCCUACUGGACCGGGAACCAACAAUCCCAGUGCUAACCUCAUGCUAGCCAGUGCAUCGUUUGACUCCACGGUGCGUCUGUGGGACGUGGACCGGGGGAUCUGCAUCCACACGCUGACCAAGCAUCAGGAACCGGUGUACAGCGUGGCGUUCAGCCCCGACGGGCGCCACCUGGCCAGCGGCUCCUUCGACAAAUGUGUCCACAUCUGGAACACACAGACGGGGGCGCUAGUGCACAGCUACAGAGGGACGGGCGGGAUCUUCGAGGUGUGUUGGAAUGCAGCGGGAGACAAAGUGGGAGCCAGCGCGUCAGAUGGAUCUGUGUGUGUAUUAGACCUGCGGAAAUAGAGCUGCUGUUCGCUGGAAGCCAUGGACCGACCAUGAAUGUGUACAUAGCCAAAUGACUGUCCCUGCCUGCCCUGCGUACUGCUCACGCUUAGGCCCCGCCCACCGACUUACAGGAAGCAGGACACAGGAACAGGAAGCGAGUACCGACACAGCAGGUCCACACACGGGGAUAAAGUGACAGAUGGAUGGAGUGGCGCCCCCCUCUGUUGGGUCAGACUCUCAGAGAGAAGCAGAGGCGGGAGCAGCAGAAACGGAGCAGAGACGUGACGGAUUGGAAUAUUUACCAAAAUAUGGAAGCUGUUUGGCUUUUUGAUCUGGGAAACAUUCCCAUCGUCAUCAAAAUGUAAAACAAUGAAAACGUGUUGAUCUAUGUUACUAGUCAGAUCUUAUUGUGGACAUAUCGGCUCCUCCACCACAGAUAGGAUGGCACUUAGGGUUUCUUUUUUUUUUUAAAUUUCAGAUCUCUUGUUCUAUAUUUUUUAUCAUGUGGGAGGGUCAAAGGUCAUGGAGACGUCCUCCCCUCUCCCCCCAGGCAGGUGGCAGCGCCUCACUAAGCUUCACCAUGCUGAUCAAACUGGAUUCCUCUGAUUCAUCCACACGGGCAAAUAACACAUGAUGUCCCCCCCUUACCCCCCUUCCUGUUCUGACCUGGAAGCUGCAGUAGAACCAGAACCAGGUCCAGACUGACUGCUGGUUUGUUCUGAUUUUUACUGGGAGCACUGGGAGCUCUGUGUGUUUUCUACUGUUUUCCAUGUCAUUUUUACAGCUUUUUAAAUUAAAUGGAAUAGUUUCCCUUUUUUCCAGUCAUAACUUGUUUCCAUUCAGCAGUACAGCGCCCUCCAGUGGCUGUGAGGGAAAUGUGACCUGACAGCAGAUGUCGUCUCUGUGGAUUUAGUCAGGACAGUGUACCAUCGCUCCAACCAUUAAAUGGUUUCCACUCAACCAGUUCCAGUGUGAAACUGGCACUAGUGCUGUUCUUGACAGCAGUGGUUUGUGUUUCAACUGGUACCGAUCAACUGGUUGGGCUGGGCCAGAACUUCUCAUGGAGACCAAUAAUAACAAACCAAAACUUUGCAUACACCAUGUUUGAACCUCUGAAGUCCAGCUCUGGUUUAAGAAUAAGCGCUUAGCUGGCAGAAAAGACCCAGUUAGGAAACAUGAAAUAUUUACUAAAUCUCUUCUUGGAGCUGCACCAAUAAAUCAGCCUGGGAUCUGAUUGAUCAGCCAAUACACACAUGGAAAACCAAUCUUAUCCACUUUCACAUCAGACACCGUCUUCUCCUGUGAGAGAGGACUGACUGACCACCAGGUCACGUCUGCACAUGCAUGGUUAGAAGUGGUCACCUCUUCAUUGUCUACUUAGUGACUUUUAGAAACUAUUCUGACAAAGAUAUUGGUAUCUGCCAAAAUUGGAAUCAGCAGGAUUUUGCUCCUCUAGUCUGAUUCUCUCAUGAAUUCUUGUCUUGUUUUUGCUGACAGGUUGAUUUCUACGGCCAGCUGUUUGGCUUUUCUGUCCUCUGUUCAGCUGAGCUGUUGCUCAGAGCAACAGGAUGUUUCAGUCACAACAGCUGAGGACAGGAAGGGCUGUAGGAAUCCAGUUGGUGCAAAACUCUUUACAGGUUUCAACAUUUUUAAAACAUCCUAAUCCAACCAGUGUUGACGGUCCUAAAUAAGCCGGUUCAAAUCAGAACGAAAGGAGCUUUAAACCUGGUGUGAACAUCUGGGCUGAUCUAAGAAUACUCAGUUGUUGUAUUAAAGAAAACGGAUGGAGAUGAUUUUUUUUGUCACAUCUUUACCUGAUUACAAUUGUCUUUGUUGUGUCGGCUCCAGUUUCACUUGUUAUUCUUCGGCUUGCUUUAAGCAGCACUGGUCCCAGUGUAGUGGUGGACCUGGACAGACUGGGACAGUACUGGUGCCGUUCCACCAGCUGCAGCAGGAAAACAUUUCAUCCCCCAGACGCCGUUCCAGACAUGCAGUCCCCACAAAUCAGCUGGAGAUGUUCACGUCUCUUUAAUGAUGACUGAGCAUGGCUGAAAAGGAGUGUUUCCAUAGCGACCACACAUCCUCUGUGUUUUGCCCGUGUUCAUGCAGGUUUCACAAAGGAAGAACUAAUGAGCUCUUAGCAGCAACCUGAGCUGUUCAGGUCUGCUCCCUGCAUCAUGACCUCUGACCUCCAGUCUGCUCCUCACCAAACCUCUGCUCAGUUUUCUACUCUUCUAAAGCCACACUGUCAUUUCACUCAUUUAGAAACAUGAGGCGAGCAGAUGAUGGUUUGAUUCUUUUUACCUUUUCCUUACAGCAAUUAACCACUAAAUGAAUCAGUUUCCAUAACAACGCGAUCUGUUGGAAACAUUUGUCCAAGUGGCAGAGAAAAUAAAUUUCUCUUUAAUUCUAAAAUAAUAAAAAAAAACAGGAUUGCAAUGAAAUAUGAAUGUAAUUUUCCAACCAAGCAACAGAUCUGGGCACAGCAGAUGUUUGACGGGAGGAUCAGAUCUGGAGGCAGAGCUGGUUGCCAUGGUUGCAGCUAUUUUUUUUAAACUGUUGACAUGGUUUAUACAUGAAACUGAACACAGGACAUUUACAGAAAAUACUCUGGGUAUAAAACCUAGCUGCUUUUUUGUCUCUGAUCUCUGAUGUUAAAAAUAUCAACUCUUUCUACUUCUGAUCAAAUUAAAAAAGGAAAGAUGAGCGAAUUGGAACUUGUAAGCUUUACUGGACCAAAACCUUCCAGAAGCUUCUCCCUCUGACAGCUGCUGCUGAACAUUGUGUUUCCGCCUCCCCAAGCAGAACUCUGGACUUCUGGACUCCACAGAUUGAUUCAUGUUCCUGGUUUACGUCUUGUGUGUGAUUUUUUUUAAAAAUUUUUUUGUUUGUUUUUCUUGACUGUAUUUGAAGUUCUGAAAUCCAAACUUUCAAGCGACCAUCUUGGACAAGCUGGGGCGUUGCUGAAGCUGCGUUCGGGUCUGGAUCAGUCCCCAGGGCUCCAUCAGAGCGUUUUCUGUUUUUCUUUGCAGCUUGCAUCUCAUCCAUCUGUGUCAUCAUUUAAGUCAGAUCAGUAAAACUUCAGUGCAGAAUAAAAUAUAUUUUGAUAAGA